UGUUCUCGUAUCGCGAUUGGUCUCUUGGUGAAAAAUCGAUAAAUCAAUUAUGAUUCAAAAAAGCCUCACGAUUCACUGCACUCGUGCAAUAAUUGUUCACCUUGAUUAUUUCAUUAUUUUCCGGCUCACUGAGUGUUACGUUUGAAAUCGAUCAUUGAAAUUUCGUUGGGAGACCAUUCAGUGAAAUGAGAAUAUGAAAAACGAAAAAAAAAACAAAAAAAAAAGUAUUAUGUUGAGGAGAUAUUUUACUGUGAAAUGUUUGAAAAACAAAUUAAAAUUUUAUUUUUCGAGUUCUUCCAAAUAUUGAAUAUCUGAAUACAUGUUUAUUUCACAAUUUUUGCAUAAAAAUUAUAACUCGAAUAAGUCAUUAUGAUGUAACAAUUCGACAAAUGGAAAAAUGAAGUAACAACUCAAUCACAAUAAAAUAUGACCUCAGGAGCCUCGAAGGACCUUGAGCCUUGCGGGCAAAAAUGAUUAAUGCAUCAUUUAAACUUGCAGCUUAUAUUGCGAAAAUUUCCACGCCAGAAAUAUUUUUGUCCGCAAAAACAUACAAAAAGAGUAUAAAAAUAAUAAUCGAAGGCGAGAAAGACCGAGCGAAAGAGAGAGAGAGGGAGAGAGAGAGAGAGAGGGAUUAAAGAAAAUUUUGUUUCCGUCUAUGGAUGAUAGACUCAGGGUGAAAAUUUGUUUUAACGCACCGCAAAAAACCGAGAGAAUUAAAGUGAAAAUUCUUUGUACACGUCCAAUCGAGAUAGGCUGUGCGAUUUUAUUUUAAGAGAAGCGAGAGAAAGAGGGAAAGCACAAAAAAGUCAGAUUACCGAAUGAAUAUAGCAUUAAAAAGAAAUUAAUUAAAUGCGUCUUAACGUGUAAGAAAGGGAUAUGCAACCGGUACUUUAUAUAUUUUAAACGUGUUUAAUGUUGGUACGAGGCAUCUUGUUAAUGGCGAAAAUGCGGAUAUCUUGGAUCCAAAUGUCGAUAUACAUGAGACUUUUUUUUUAAUCAUAAGAAAAAAACUGUUCCUGUACCUGAAAUUGAAUGAGAAAAAUUUGGUUUGCGAUGAUGAGAAAACAUCGAAAUCGUAUUGUUCUUCAAUGAUGUAUUUUAGCAAAGAAUAAACUCCACAAUGUUCUUUGAUUUUUUUUUUACAUUCAAUUAAUUGGAACACUUCAUUUUUUGAAAUUGAAUUUGUCGGAGUUCGAUUGAAAUUUGAUGUGAAUUCGUGAUCAUUCAAAGAAUGUUGCCGUCAGAUUCAAAGAGGGUACAGUAGCAUUUCCAAAUAGUUAUGAAUAAUUAUAAUUUUGUUUGAAUUUUCUACAAGUCACAGCAACAAACAUAAAAGUCGUUGAUACUAGUUUCGAAUUUGACUGGAACACACGUACCAAUAAAGUAUUCUGAAACAGGAGCAGAACAAUAAAGCAGAAAUAAUGGUUGGACUUUUAAAUCAGGAAAUCUUCCUCUCGAGCACGAAUGGGAUAUUGAAUGACGAGAGUCGAAAAUAAAGAAGGAUGGAAAAAUACAAGAAUAUUGUAUGGAUAACCUGGGAAAGCAUCGAAUGUGGAUACUAAUGGUGGAUAUUCGAUUGUGCCGAAUUAUGGAAUCCCAAAUUUUUGCCAAUAACGGAGCCUCGUCCACACAUACCAAAUUAUUCUUUGUUUUGUUAAAUAUUUCGGAUGAUUGAAUUUUAUAAAAAAAAAAAAAAAAAAAAAGUCAUCUGGGAUUUUACGAAAGGAAUUAGGAAUGAGACGAAAAGAGUGAGAUUGAUCAACGUCCGAAUUUCACUUUGUCAUGUAGGAAAGCGUUGGACAACAAAGGACAGAGUUAUGAAACGAUCUUGACGAAUAGCACAGGAUUCAACAAUCCCAACAACAUUAAGUAUCUCAGUGACUUGAUGGGCCUGGGAAGAUUCAAUUAUUCGAACAUGGUGGGCUUGAGAGAGCGUUUCCCGCCGAACGAGUACGCGACUGAAUUGCGUCAGGCACAAGCAAGUAAAUGGGCAUUUCGUAGCGUAGCCGAAGGUAUUGAUCACUUCAAAGCAGGACGACAUUCAGAGGCGUUCCAGUGUUUGAACAAAGCGUUGACGGUGGAUCCAAAAAAUGUGGAAGGUUUGGUAGCACGGGGUGCACUAUACGCAAACAGUGGAAGUUUCAAAAAAGCUAUAGAUGAUUUCGAAACAGCGUUGAAAUUCAAUCAAACGCAUGCUAAUGCUCGUAAGUAUAUGGCUGAGACACUUGUCGCGUUAGGUCGGAGCUACGAGGACGAAAAGAAAUUUGAGGAUGCACAAAAGGCCUAUGAGAAUUGUUUGGCGAUCGCGCCUUACCACGAAGAAGCGAGAAAUUCCAUUGAGUACAUAAAAACUAAAACGCUGAAUACGACGACGUUGAAUCCCCUGGAGAAUUUCAAAUCGUUCGAUGCAGAGCCCGAAAUUGCUGAUCCCAAAAAGGACAAGAAAAAACGUAAGAAAGAGAGGAAAUCAAGAUCGAAGAAACGCCAAAGAUGGAGUUCCAGCUCGAGCUCCAGCUCAAGCGGCUCUUCGAGCUCGAGCACUUCUGAUUCUUCUAGCAGCUCUUCUUCUCCCAGUUCGGGAGGAAGAUCGGCCUCGAAAUCGCCGAAUCGUAAACGGAAACACAAGAAAGAUCAUCGCGGCUCUCUCUCGCCUUUGAGCAAGCGCAUGGCCCAGUAUAAUAAUCCGCCGGCUGCUUCGUCAACCUCACAGGACGCUCUCGGACCCGCAUCUUAUUCGAGUAAUUCCCGGGAAAAAACUGACGACUACGAGACGAGAGUACGCAAAUUUUUGGAACAAACCAAGGACGAUUCUGACUAUGAAGGCAAAGUACGCAAAUUUUUGGAAGAAACAGCACGCUGGAAACGCGAAAAGGAAAGGGAAAAGGAAAAGAAACAUUCCGAGACUGACAAGCUGAAGAAGAAAAAGAAAAAGGAGAAAAAGGGCAAAGAAAAGGACGAGAAGAAGAGCCGCAAGAAGAAGAAGAAAGAAGAGCGUAAAAAGCGUAAAAACAAAGACAAACUCGAGCGCGAUCUUGAGGCCUUGAAAAAGUCAUCGUUACCCGAUCUUGAACAAUUGGAAUCAAAGCUCAGCGCUUAUUAUGCCAAAGUUGAGAAAGAAACAGCGGUGCUCAAAAGGUAUGUAGCAUUGUAUAAUGACAUGCCUCCUUCCCCUCUUAGCAACGCGGAAAAGCUUGCUGAAAGCUCACGCAGAGAGGAAGAAGUUCGGCGGGAAAGAGAACGCGAAGAAUCGACGAAAUCUUAUCACGAUCGUGAAUCGCGCUCCAUCAGUUCCCAACAACGCAAGGAAAUUCAGAGGAAACCGCUGGGAGAUAUAUUCGAUCAGGAUUCGCAGUUGAUUCAUCCCGAACCAAAACUUGCUCCGUUAGAUACUGCCGCGCUCAAUGCCAAAUGGAAAGCGGCUCAGGCUGCGAGGCAAAAGGAGAGCCACGGCAAGUGGCAAGACACCGUGGGAAUGGGAGACAAAAAAGCGCACGCACAGGCUGACAAUGAUGAGGCUGGUGAGAACGAGAUGGACGAGAAAUUGCAACGAGGUUCGUUGGAUAAAUCGUUGAAUGUUCGAAAGCAGAUGCAACGAGAGUUAUCAGAAAAACGAGUGAGUCAAACGGGACAGGCGUCGCAAGUGCCAUUACCGAAGGAGCAGCCGCCGUUGCAAAAAGUGCAACAAGCUCCGAUAAAAUAUCCAACGCCGCAACCCCAAAAUAAAUUCUCUUCGUACAAAGAAAACACAGGCGGAGCAGCGCAAUCGGGAAUGGGCAAGUUUGGACCAAGCGUAACGGGAAAAUUCCAGCCGAUUGGACAAACGAGCAAUCCUCCGGAGCCACCGGGACCGAGGCCCACAUCUGCGAAAGGGCGUCGAGCGAGCAAAGGUCGAACAGACUCUGAGAGUGAACCUGAAAGAUCGAACAAUCGCCAGGUUACGAAGAAACGUGAAAGCGGAGCUCGAGGAAAUCAAAACAAACGAAACUCGAGCCGCGACCGGCCAGGAAAGCGCUCGAGAUCGCGUUCUCGAAGUGCUUCGAGCUCGGGAUCCUCGCGAUCACGAACCCCGAGGCGUUCGCGUUCGAGGUCAUACUCGAAUCGACGUUCGGGAAGUUACGAAAGAAAAUACAGUCGCUCGCAGUCAGGAACUUACAGUCGAUCGAGAUCAAGGUCCCGUUCUCGUUCGUAUUCCCGAAGUCGAACUCGCAGUCGUUCGGGAGACCGUGGCUAUUAUCGGAAGCGGCAAUUCCGGCCUUACAACAAUCGUGGCACUUAUUACAAGCCCAGAUUUCAGGGCUUCAACAAUCAGAAUCAUCGGGGCGGAAGCGGCGGAGGCAAUUUCCAAAAUCGUAAUCGCUUUUACAACAAUCAACAGCAACAACACAACAACAAUCGCUUUGGGAAUCGCCGGGGUUUCAAUAAUCGAGGUGGCGGCGGUGGAGGAGGUGGGGGUGGCGGAGGAAACAACGGUCAGCGCGGUGGACGCGGUAAUAAUCGCGGAGGUGGACGUUUCUUUCACAAUAACAAAGGAAACUUCCGUGAUUUUCGGGACAGAAGAGAUUUCCGUGAUCGACGCAACAAUUCCCGCGAUCGUUACAGCGACAGAAGUUAUUCCCCUGAUCCUAUGAGAAAGGUCGACGAGGCCAAAGAGAAAAUAAAUAAAAUGCUCGAAGGUGACGACUCCAACCGUAAUCAGAACAAUUCGCAUAAUUCUCCGACAGCCAAUUCUUCCCUACCUGCUACCGCCCCUCCGACAUCCAAAAGACAAGAUGGACCUUUGAGCGAAGGCGAGGAAAGGGACGACGAUGACUACGAAAGAUGGGCACCUCCAGAAUCCAACGAUGCCACCAUCAAGAGAGGAGGAGGAGGAAGAGGGGAAAAUGGCGCGGACGAGGAUAAUUUGGAUGAGGGAGAGAAUCGUUUCAUCGAACGUAUGAAAAUGCGAAGCAAGAGCGUCUUCAUUCAACGACACAUCGCCUCCAAGAUAUGGUAGAUGAAAUGAUAGUUUUUCAUCUCUCUCUUAUACACAUACACACACACACACAUUUAUAUGUAUUCGUCACGAAAACGAAAAAGUCGAUGGCAAUGAUUACACGAAUGAAAAUUCCGCAAGAACAAAAUCACGAGUUAAAGUUCUUAUCUCGUGGAUAUUCCUUCUCAAACCGUAGCUUUUGGUUUGAAAGAAUUUUCGAAUAAUAAAUAAAACAUUUUCGAUAGUGCUUUCUUUCGUUUUUGUUAUUCUGCUGCUAAAAAGCACCGUUCAUCUGUGAAAAAAAUGAAGUUGUGAAAUAAAAAGUCUUGACACUUGUCCCAUUUCGAUCACAGAGUGCUCGACAACACGCUAUCCCUGGUA